CUGUGCUGAGUGUGAGAGCGAGGGGGGCGGGGGCCGGGGAGAUUGGGGCGGCCCGGCGAGUAGACGCGUGAACAGACUGACCUGCGGACGGGACAGCCGCGGCCGUAGGCCCUUCUAGCCCCGCUUAACCCCUGAUGCGCGGGGGGAAGCAGCCCCUCUCGCUGGGGGAUGCUGCGGGAUUCCCGGCGCCGGGCAUCUGGGCCGCCCGCUAACUCCCUGUGCCUACCCCGUGCCCCCGGAGAACCGGAGUCCGGCCGCUGGGAAAGAGAAGCGGCCGCCGAGAAGCUGCAGGGUGCCCGGCGGGGAGGGGGCUGGAGGCCCCAGGCCCGAGGGCAUGGAGCGGUUAGGGGAGAAAGCCAGUCGCCUGCUGGAGAAGUUAAGGCUCUCCGACUCCGGCAGCGCCAAGUUCGGCCGCAGAAAGGGUGAAUCUAGCCGGUCUGGGUCUGAUGGGACCCCCGGGCCGGGCAAGGGACGCCUGAGUGGGUUGGGGGGGCCUAGGAAAUCAGGGCCCCGUGGAGCUACUGGGGGACCUGGGGAUGAGCCGUUGGAGCCAGCCCGGGAGCAGGGCCCCCUGGACGCUGAGCGGAACCCGCGCGGCUCCUUUGAGGCGCAGCGCUACGAAGGCUCCUUCCCCGGGGGGCCGCCUCCCACCCGGGCCUUGCCUCUACCUCAGUCAUUGCCCCCCGACUUUCGGCUGGAGACCACUGCCCCAGCUCUAAGCCCACGCUCCAGUUUCGCCAGUAGCUCAGCCAGCGACGCCAGCAAGCCGUCCAGCCCCCGGGGUAGCCUGCUGCUGGACGGGGCGGGGGCAGGAGGAGCCGGAGGUAGCCGACCCUGCAGCAAUCGCACCAGCGGCAUCAGCAUGGGCUACGACCAGCGCCACGGCAGCCCCCUGCCCGCCGGGCCCUGUCUGUUUGGCCCACCCUUGGCUGGGGCUCCAGCGGGGUAUUCCCCUGGAGGGGUGCCGUCCGCCUACCCGGAGCUCCACGCCGCCCUGGACCGAUUGUGUGCUCACCGGCCCGCGGGGUUCGGCUGCCAGGAAAGCCGCCACUCCUAUCCCCCGGCCCUGGGCAGCCCCGGAGCUCUAGCCGGGGCCGGAGUGGGAGCGGCAGGGCCCUUGGAGAGACGCGGGGCGCAACCCGGACGACACUCAGUGACCGGCUACGGGGACUGCGCGGCGGGCGCCCGAUACCAGGAUGAGCUAACAGCGUUGCUGCGCCUGACGGUGGGCACGGGUGGGCGAGAAGCCGGCGCCCGCGGGGAACCCUCGGGGAUUGAGCCGUCGGGUCUCGAGGAGCCACCAGGUCCUUUCGUUCCAGAGGCCGCCCGGGCCCGGAUGCGGGAGCCGGAGGCCAGAGAGGAUUACUUCGGCACCUGUAUUAAGUGCAACAAAGGCAUCUAUGGGCAGAGCAACGCCUGCAAGGCCCUGGACAGCCUCUACCACACCCAGUGCUUUGUCUGCUGCUCCUGUGGGCGAACUUUGCGCUGCAAGGCUUUCUACAGCGUCAAUGGCUCCGUGUACUGUGAGGAAGAUUAUCUGUUUUCAGGGUUUCAGGAGGCAGCUGAGAAAUGCUGUGUCUGUGGUCACUUGAUCUUGGAGAAGAUCCUGCAGGCCGUGGGGAAGUCCUACCACCCGGGCUGCUUCCGGUGCAUCGUUUGCAACAAAUGUCUGGAUGGCAUCCCCUUCACUGUGGACUUCUCCAACCAGGUGUACUGCGUCACUGACUACCACAAAAAUUAUGCUCCUAAGUGUGCGGCCUGCGGCCAACCCAUCCUCCCCUCAGAGGGCUGUGAGGACAUUGUGAGGGUGAUAUCCAUGGACCGAGAUUAUCACUUUGAGUGCUACCACUGUGAGGACUGCCGGAUGCAGCUGAGUGAUGAGGAAGGUUGCUGCUGCUUCCCUCUGGAUGGGCACUUGCUCUGCCACGGCUGUCACAUGCAGCGGCUCAGUACCCGACAGCCCCCUGCCAGUUAUAUCUGAACUGCGGUCUAUGCUGCUGCCUUUGCUGCCCCUGGCAAAUCCCUCUGGCCAGAGGGCCCCUCUGAGGCCAGCCAAGGCAAGGAACGCACUCCCAGGCCAGGCAGAAGAGUCCUCUGGGGAGGGCCCCAGGGGCCAGAGACCCAAAGAUACAACAAUUCCAGAUGGACUGUGGAGAAGGAAACUUCCAAUUGCCAUGGGGGGGGCGGGUGUGACUGGCUUUCUUUCCAUGUGCACAGCCUGUGCUAUAGCAUAUACUCAGGCAUGCACAGGCAGGUUCCAGGACUUUCUAAAGGUCUGAUUCUAGUCUGUUUCUCUAGUACCAUUUAUGCAUAAGCCAAACAACGUUCUGGCUUUGGGUUACAGAAAGAGAGGACACCAUGAACACGCCUCACUCUGGCACCCCUCACGUGGGUCAGAUACGUGGGUCAGCAGGUUCUUACCACAAUGUUUUAUCUCUGUAUCUGGAUGAAGAGGUGGUAACUGGACCUUAUCAAUGAGUUGUUUCUUGGCCACCUUCUCUCUAAGGACCAGGAGAGCUGCUCAGCCCCAUGAAGGAAGGGGGGCAGCUCAUGUGGACCUGCUGCCUGUGUUGCCUGUGUCUCAGGGACUCACGUGGGCCUGGGAAAGCUGGGUGGGUGGCUGUCCUGGGUUCCUCUUCUCCUCAGCUUGGGGACAUGACAAGAGAGUCUUUGGGAGUAGAGGGCCAGGCAAGCCAUGCAGGGAGCCUCAGGCCCAGCCACGCACCCAGGUGCAGGCGCACGGAGACUUCCAGCCCACUGUGUACACAGGCACACUCACAGACACACACUCGCUCCCUCACUCCCUUCUUCUCAGGUCACUGUCACCCACAUUCCCUCACAGUCGCUCACCACUCCAGACCUGCCACCCCGCAGAGGGAUCUAGAGUUCCAACCAGUGCAGCUCCCAAGCCCUGAGGUUCCAGGGAGCCAGAGGGGCAACACACUUUGACAUGGUUCUAGUCCACUUGGCUAAAAUUGGUCCCUUCAAGCCAAUCCAAGACUUACUUACUUUCAGUUUACUUCACCAGUUUUUUGUGUGGGUUUUUUUUUUUUUUUUUUUUUUUUUUUUUGUGGUUUUAUUGAAAAUCCGGGGACAGGACCUAUGGGCAGAAAGAGCUGCGAAAGUUUACGUCACUUAAUGACAAGUUUGCCAAAAGUGCGGUUCCCUUUGGGGUGUUUUUACAGCCAUUUAGUGUUGUGUUUUUUUUAUAUUUUGGGUGUUCUAAGAAUGUUUAUUCAUCCAACAGUAGUUCUGAAUCAUUGUCAACAAAAUAAAUUUAUCAAAUUUGCAGCACUUUGUAAAUGACAUUUUUUCCUAAGUUUAUGGAAAACGUUACCUAUGUUGUCUACUUUUCAGAUACUUUCAAAAAAGUUUAAAGUAGCUAGCAAUAAAUAUAAUUGGCACAGACAUUUUGUGUAUCAUUUUUUGUGUUUCUUAAUAUUCCUUUACAAAUUAGAUACCUUGGAAAAGUUAAUGGAGCUCUUGUGAUUUUGGUGCUUUGGCCUAACUUCUACAUUCCUACUGUGAAAAAUGCCCAUAAAUUCUAAACAAUUGAACAAGCAUGUAGCAUAAUCAGUUGACUAACACUUAAAGAUUACACAGACAAGAACAAUAAAGAGUGAAAGCAUGAGUCUACUAAAUCCUUUUGAAAUGCUGCAGAUUUGAUAAAUAUUUAUUUGAGACUAAUUGUCUCUGGGUGACUUGAUUUUAGGCAAAUUAAUCUGAUAAUCUUUGAUCCUUAGUCUUCAUUCUCUGUCACUUAGAGUUUCAUCCUGGAAACAGUGACUUGUGGGAACAACAAUCCCACAUUUAGGGGGUUUGUAAGGUAGCCCGUGUCAGCCAAGCUGGGGUCGUGGAGAAGAGGCCUGUGCAUGAGGGUAUGAUCUAGAGAAAGAGCUCACAUUCAUACCACUGAGUACUGGAGGGGAUGCACUUUUGGGUGAGAUAAAUGUUCUGAAACUGGAUAAGUUGGUCUACAGCUGGGAUUUCUUCUUCUGAAUUAUUAUUAUUAAAUAAGUGAAUACAAA